AUGGCGCCAUCCAAGUCCCAUCUCGCCUGCUUCUUCCUCACCCUCGCCGUCCUGACCGCCGCCGCGCCGGAGACUUCGGCGGUGGCCGUCACGGCCAGGGCCCCCGCUCCCUCCACCAACGGCGACUUGGUGGCGAAACCAUCAUCAUGGUCAUGGUGCAUCAUCCCCUGCUUUUCGUUUAUACCACAGAUAUUGUGUAUACCACCCAUAUUCUGUCCACGGCCGCCGCCGCCACCUCCUCUACCUCCGCCGCCUCCGCCCCCAUCGAAGCCACAGCCGAAGGAGUGCCGGACGCCGCUGAUGGGGCUGAUGCCGUGCAAGGAUUUCCUCACCAGCAGCACCGCGCCGGAGCCUCCGAACCAGGGCAAGUGCUGCGACGGCAUCAGGUCGCUCGUCCAAGACGCUCCCAUCUGCCUUUGCCGCAUACUGGAGGGCACCGACCUCGACAAGCUCAUGUCGGCGACCGUUGAUAGAGAGAAAUUCAUUCGUACGAUGAUCAUCUGCGACUCGAGCCCCGGUGAAUUUGGUUCCUGCGAAGCCCGUUUUUAA